AGGGGGGAGCGCUGCACGAGUCAUCAGCACCGCCUGGGCGAGGGACGAGGUAACGACAUUGUGGGCGGUGUUUUCGUGGGGGAGGGGAGGGUGUCGGCAAAUCCCCAGGUGGGCCGCCAAGAGGAUAAAAAGUGGAGCGAUAACCCAGUAAAAGCGGUGUGGUUGGAGGCGAGCUAACCAUCCUUUCUCCCUCGCAAGUCCUGCACCGGCUACUCGGGCGGUGCAAGGUAUCACUGUCUGAGCCAUCUUGACUUCUGGGUGUGUGAUCCCCCAUAAAUUAUUCAGAGAUCGGGGCCCAAUCCACCGAGCCGUCAGCCAAGGUGUCGCCUUCCACACUUACGCGCCGACUACACUUGUAACAGCGUGAAAUUAACUUUGCCGCUCAGCCAAUCAACGAUAGUAUGAUACCGCGACACUCAAGUUCUUUAGCCAACCAGCGGACGGGACAGGCACCCGAGCCACGCCUCCUCUUGCCGGGCGGCCAAUGGAGGGUUGUAUCCAGCUAGCUGAUCGAAGCCAUUAGUCUUGUGGGCGGGGAAAUGGCGGGCCCACUUGAGACACUCAAAUGCUCGCUUUUUCUCUGACUCUAUCGUCACUCGGCGUUCGGCACCGAAGCAAUAAGCGCACUUUUCACCUGCUCCUCACCUGUCUGGCGCCGCUUGCUCCAAGUGUCCUAAUUUGUGCUUAUGUCCCACGCCCGCUACACAGAAACUCAAAGUGACUGAUAGUGAUCAAUUGUUUGCCUACUUUGUCGAACUUUUUAAAGCGUACUUUGGCCUUGUCUGAGCCACGUCUGUGAGUAUUAGCGGCGCGGGAGGAGCGUGGCGGCGCGCGGGAACACGUGGAGCCCCGCUAUGAGGUGACCUGGACGGCCGGAGCCCACGCAACCCUAGCCGCCCACCACCAUGUCUUACGAGGUGGCCAGCGUCAUCACCCGCGGCAGCCCCGCCUUGGCCCACAGCAGGUCACCAUCACCCCUGGGUAGGCGCUCUCCAGCAUCAGCCGUGGGCAGCCUAGGAGAUGGCCUAAGAAUAUCAGGUUCCCCCGAAGUCUCCAGCACCAGUCCCGCCCCUCCUCGCGGCUCAGACAGCGGGGCCAGUUCACCAAAGACUUCCUCACCACCCUCGCACAAAUCGUUCAGUAUUUCCAGUAUCCUGAGCCGUGACGACCCGAAGAAGGAUGCCGCCUGCGAGUCUCCGUUCCCCUUCACGCACCAGCAUGACGCUCUCGCCGCUAGACUAGGCCUGAUGAGCCACAUGUCCGCCCUGGCUGCCCGUCACCCCUUCCUCUCGCUGUACCCUGACCUGAGCGGGGUUAACCACACCUCACACAUGACUCAUUUGGGCACCAUGGGCGUCCCCCUCACGGCCAAGGCCCCCUGGUACCCGCCCUGGGCCAUCCCGCCUCUCGCAGCCCUCGCUUCCGCCAGAGAGAAAGAAGCAGAAUCCCCUUCCGCCGGAGGCCCUGGGAGCCCCAGCAGCGAGGCUCCUGUAGAGGUAGUUCGUUCACGCUCGCCCUCGCCAGGGCAACGUUCACCUUCCCCCCCACCCUCGCCCCCGACUCCUUCACGGGAUGAUCAUCGGGUAGGAGACCCUGAAGGAGGUAUCGGCUGCUCGUCGGCGUCUACGGCCGGUGGUGCACAAGACGAGGCUGAGGAAGAUCGGAAACGCCGCAAAAAGAAAACUCGGACGGUGUUCUCACGUUCUCAAGUGUUUCAACUGGAGAGCACAUUCGACAUGAAGCGAUACUUGUCCUCGUCAGAGCGGGCGGGGCUUGCCGCUUCCCUCCAUCUAACCGAGACGCAAGUGAAGAUUUGGUUUCAGAAUCGUCGCAACAAGUGGAAGCGACAGCUGGCGGCGGAGCUGGAGGCGGCAAACAUGGCCCACGCAGCCCAGCGCCUCGUGCGCGUCCCCAUACUGUAUCACGACGGCUCUUCUUCCGCUGAAGCCGCCCAUACCCCACCAGCACCGCCUCCCCCUUCGUCCCUGCCCCCUCAGCCCGCACUCCCUCCAUACUCCCUCUACUACCCUCCUGUCACCUCGGGCUACUCCACCACCGUGCAGGCACCCACCCCCGUGAGACCCACUCUCUCCUCCCUCGUGUAGGGGCUACUGCUCAUCAAGUAGGCGGGCGGGCUCUCAGCCUCCGUACUACAUCUCGUCACUGGUGGUGAGAGAGCGACAUAAAACUGAAAGUGGUGGUACUCUAUGUUACGGACCCUGCUAAAACCUCUGCCAUCAUCCAAUCUCCGCACUAAGUGGCUCAUGAGGGAUUCGUCUGGUCCAAGCCUUGGUAAUAAUGGCAGCCAUACACACUUGCCCAGCCAACACUGCAGCACGCUAAGGACGGUGGCACGGACGCUGCACGGAACGGUUCCUUGCCGCUCUUUGCGUCUAUACGUGUUAACCAUUAAUAUAAAAACCGAGUCGAUGUUAUUGUGAGUGACAAGCCUCUGUUAGUUAUGUGUUGUGACGUGUUACCUCAGCAUAGUGACAAAGAGGGUGUACAAAUUAUCGAUGUAAAUUGUAUAUACUGAAUAUAGCUAAAUAUAUUUAUUGAUUUUUAUUCUUCUUUGUAAGAAAAUAUUUAUUAAUUUCGUUUAUUGAUAGUAAAUAUUUUCCCAUUAUGUUAAUUUUAAGCAGAGCUGCUAGUGAGCCUGAGCCGAGUUAGCGCACACAGGUGACUGACUCAACACUACUCGUGUGGCUGCGGCACGCGGCGGCGGCGGCAACAGGCCAAUGUGUGCCGCCACGGGCCUGCUACGCCCCGUCACCCGGCCCACCAAGAGCAGUGUACAUAUCAUUAGCCUAAUGCCAAAUUAUCACUAAAUGAUUAUUAAAUGUUUUAAAACUAUGCCUUCUAUAUUUAUCCUCAUUAGUUAUACCUCUACUGAAACACUUAAUUCAACAAACUCUUUUGGAAAUUGAUUGUUUACUGGGAUAAAACUGUGAUGGAAAAUAUGGACGGGCCUCGC